AUGGAACUCGUUCUCGAUUUCUUUAGACUUUUACUCGAAUGGCAUUCAAAAUUUGGAGACACGUAUCAACUAUGGAUUGGUCUUCGACCAUUCAUAGCAAUGGCUGAUGCUGAUCAUAUUCAGCAAAUUUUGAAGUCUACAGUUCAUAUUGACAAGAAUUUGGAGUAUAACCUACUGCUUCCGUUUAUCGGUACAGGACUAGUGACCAGUACAGGAUCGAAAUGGCAUACAAGAAGAAAGUUAUUGACACCAACAUUUCAUAAAAAGGUUCUCGAGGGAUUCUUACCAUUAAUAGAAAAACAGAUUAAAACCUUAGUAAAGGUGUUAAGAAAAGAGGUAAAUAACGUUAAUGGAUUCGAUAUAAAGCCCUACGCCAAAUUGGCCGCACUAGAUACCAUCGGCAGCACAGCCAUGGGAUGUGAGAUAAACUCACAGGAGAAUUCCGAACUGGAAUAUGUUAAAGCUCUGGACGAGCUUACUGCAAUCAUGCAGAAACGGUUUAUAACACCAUGGUUGAAACCAAAUUUAUUAUUCAACUUAACAUCUCUUAGUAAAAGACAAAAGGCAUGUAUAGACGUCAUCCAUACAUUCACAAGAAAGGUUAUAAAAGAGAGGAAGGACAAUUUUAGACUAUUCAACAAUCAGACAUCAGAUGCAAAUAAAAAUGAAAUUCACCAUGAAAAAAAACCUAAUAGAGCAUUAUUAGAUUUAUUGAUAGAAGUGUCCGAAGACGGAACAGUAUUAAGUGAUGAGGAUAUUCAAGAAGAAGUUGACACUUUCAUGUUUGCGGGAGUUGAUACAACUUCUGUCACUUUGUCUUUUAUAAUGUAUGUCUUGGGUAAACAUCCACAUGUACAAGAUAAAAUAGUGGAAGAAUUAAACCAAAAAAUUCCGAAUUUCGGUGAUGGGAACUUAACAGUGAAUAUGUUAAGCAGUCUUGACUAUUUGGGGAGAACAAUCAAAGAAGUUCUACGACUUUAUCCAUCCGUCCCAUUUAUUGGUAGACAAAUAUACAAACCACUCACAAUUGGUGAUCACACUAUUUUGCCAGGGACGUCAAUUUUCAUAAACGUGUUUGCUUUACACAGAAAUGAAAAACAUUUUGAGAACCCGGAAAAGUUUGAUCCUGACCGAUUUUUAGAGGAAAAAAAAGAAGAGCGACAUCUUUUUGCCUUCGUACCGUUUAGUGCAGGAUCGAGGAACUGUAUUGGACAAAAGUUCGCAAUGAUCGUUCUCAAAAUAGCUGUCGCCACAGUUAUAAAAUCAUACAGAGUUAAGUCAAUAGACCCAGAAGAAAAGUUGGGGCUUGUUGGGGAAAUCGUAUUGAACGCACUGAACGGAAUCCACGUGACACUCGAAGAACGGACGUAG